AUGAAAAAUUCUAAAUACCGGGGUGUCAGGAAGCGAAAAUGGGGGAAAUGGGUGUCUGAAAUUCGCGAACCAGGUAAGAAAACUCGAAUCUGGCUUGGGAGUUUUGAGACACCAGAAAUGGCAGCCGUGGCAUAUGAUGUGGCUGCAUUGCACCUUAGGGGCCAAUCUGCACACCUUAAUUUUCCACAAUUGGCACCUAGUCUUCCCCGUCCAACUAACACAACUCCUGAAGAUAUAAGAUUGGCAGCCCAACAGGCGGCUUCAGCCUUUGCCGGGAGAUCAUGGGAUGGCUCCAGGGUGGGGAGUACUUCUGCUGCGGCCGAUCAAGGGCCGGUGACAGUAGGACUGUCACCAACACAAAUUCAGGCCAUACAAGAGUCACCUUUGGACUCGCCAAAAAUGGGGAAUGCACUACUAACGUUGGAAGAAUCUUUAUUUUUUACUAACGAAUAUGAGAUGAGCGAUUGUGAAGAGGAAGCUGGUGACCCACUUUGGGGGCCCUAG